CUCAGAGACAGAAACCUCCGCUCCUCUCACGGACUCUCAGCGCGGACUUUAUCUCUGGACUCAGCUCGUUUUAACGGACUCUGGACCAAGCUCUGCACCGAUCUGGAUUACCGCUCUUUGGGACUUUAUUCCGGGACUUUAACGGGACAGCAGCCUCUCCGCGCUGUGGAUUUUCUCCUGAUCCUGGAUCUGGUGGAUUAUUUCACUGACUUCAACAUGACUCUGGAGGAAGUGGUCGGAUCCAACAGCACAGAGAAAAAGAUGGAGACGGUGAGUCAGGCUCUGGAGGAGCUGCUGGUCGCGGCUCAGCGGCAGGACUGUCUCACGGUGGGGGUCUACGAGUCCGCCAAGCUCAUGAAUGUAGACCCGGACAGCGUGGUCCUGUGCGUCCUCGCCACAGAUGAGGAGGACCUGGACGACAUCGCGCUGCAGAUCCACUUCACGCUGCUUCAGGCUUUCUGCUGCGACAACGACAUCAACAUCCUGCGCGUGUCCGGGGUCCGGCGCCUGGCGCAGGUCCUGGAGGAGGACACCGAGGACGGCAACGGCAACGAGCCGCGAGACCUGCACUGCAUCCUGGUCACGAACCCUCCGGUCCAGCCUCUGCAGUGCCAGGCCCUGCAGGACGUCAGCAGCUUCUGUGAGGAGAGCCGCUGCAGGAACCAGUGGGUCCCCAGCCUGGAGCUGCAGGACCGCUGAGCCGAGCCGAGCCGAACCGAACCGAGUCAGACCGCUGCGGAGAGAAGCGGUGAGAAAGAGUGGAGUCAGUCCAAACGGCCUGUCCUCGUGCUGAAGAGGAGUAACGGCGUUUGAGUUGAACCGGACCGGACCCGGACCCGGACUGGUGGUUGUUUUGGGGGUGGGGGGGCUUCCUGCUGCCUGAUUGGAUGAUGGCCUGAGGGCUGCGUGAGGAACCGGUACCGGACCGGACCGUGCAGGAGGCUCCUGGUCCCGGAGCUGCAGAGAGACGGAAGUUAUUUUCCAGACUUGUCACCUGGAUGUCACGUGACUGAAGUGAACCGGUGACCGGACCUGAGCUGCAGGCUGCAGGUGUUCUGCUCACCUGUCCGCUCUCACCUGAACUGACGCGAGAGUACACUGCAUGUGACGUCAAGUGUUUAUACAUUUGUUGUUGCCAGUGACGCAAUGGAGUUCCACAGUGAUGUCAUCCCUGAGUAUUUAAAGUGACAGAGUUAAUAUAUCACCUGUUGAUUGAUUGAUGAAUAAAUUAUUGAUGGAGAAAUGA